AUGGAAGAUUCCUUAAUACUGGAGGAUAAUCCUCUCACAGAUGUGCCUUCCAUUCCUCCUGCUCCCUCACCUCAGCCUGUCACCUCUAAGCCAACUAAGUCCUACUCCACCCAAACUACUACUUCUCGCCCAUCUCCACCUCAGCCUCCACCUAGAACUCAUAGGAUUGUGACAGUUAAACAGGCAAUAGCCAGCUCACCAAUUGAAGACAAUAUUGAGUCAAAUGAGGAAGGCCUGAUUCGUACUGUCCAGUUAGUGGAUACUUUCAGGGAAAUUUUUUUAGUGUGGAUGGGGCCUUUCUACCCAUUGGUUAUACUCUGCCACCCCGACUAUAUUCGACCUCUUACUUCAGCCUCAGCCAAGAUUGCACCCAAAGACAAGCUUUUCUAUGGAUUUUUGGAGCCUUGGCUGGGGGAUGGACUGCUGCUGAGUAAAGGAGACAAAUGGAGUCGUCACAGGCGCCUCUUGACCCCAGCUUUUCAUUUUGACAUCCUCAAGUCCUAUGUAAAGAUCUUCAACCAAUCUACAAACAUAAUGCAUGAGAAAUGGAAACAUCUGUGUGCUGGGAGCAGCACCCACCUGGACAUGUUUGAGCACAUCAGCCUCAUGACCUUGGACAGCCUUCAGAAAUGCAUCUUUAGCUAUGACAGCGAUUGCCAAAAGAAGUCAAAUCCCUACAUCUCGGCCAUUCUGGAAUUGAGUACCCUCGUGGCAUGUCGCAGCAACCAGCUACUCUUUUACUGGGAUGGCUUGUACUACCUCACAAGCCAGGGGAGGCGCUUUUCCCGGGCCUGUCGCCUGGUGCAUGAUUUCUCAGAUGUUGUCAUCCAGGCCCGGCGCCGUGUCCUUGACAAACAUGGUUAUGACAGCUAUUUCAGUAGCAAAGUCAAAGACAAGACCAUGGAUUUCAUAGAUGUUCUUCUACUGGCCAAGAAUGAGAAUGGGAACACUCUGUCAGACAAGGACAUACAAGCAGAAGCUAACACUUUUAUGUUUGAAGGGCAUGACACAACUGCAAGUGGCAUCUCUUGGGUCCUCUAUAACCUGGCCCAGCAUCAAGAACACCAAGACCAUUGCCGGCAAGAGAUACAGGAGCUCCUGAGGGGCCGUCAUCCAGAAGAGAUUGAAUGGGAUGACCUGUCCCAGAUGCCCUUCUUAUCUAUGUGCAUCAAGGAAAGUCUGCGCCUGCACCCACCAGUUGUAACGGUCACCCGCUGCUGCACUAAGGACAUUCAGCUGCCUGAUGGUCGCAUCAUCCCAAAAGGGAUCAGCUGUCUUAUCAACAUCUUUGGAACCCACCACAACCCAACUGUGUGGAACAACCCAGAGGUUUAUGAUCCAUACCGAUUUGACUCCAACAACAGCCAGAAGAUAUCACCACUGGCAUUUAUGCCCUUCUCAGCUGGACCCAGGAACUGCAUUGGUCAGAAUUUUGCCAUGUCAGAGAUGAAGAUUGUGCUGGCUCUGACCCUGUUACAGUUCCGGAUCUUCUCAGAUGGAUUCCUACCACAGAGGAAGCCAGAACUGAUCCUCAGGGCAGAGGGUGGACUGUGGCUGAGAGUGGAGCCUAUUCUGAAUUCUUCCAGCCCUGGACCACACCUGCUGGAAACCCCUCAGGAAUGA